ACAGUCGGCGGCCGCGCGCAGCACGCUCAGGGCCGGGAUGGCGGCGGCAGCGGCGGCGGCGGCAGGAAGCGGGACACCCCGAGAGGAGGAGGGACCUGCUGGGGAGGCAGCGGCCUUGCAGCCCCAAGCCCCAACGAGUGUGCCUGGGGCUCGUCUCUCGAGGUUGCCUCUGGCGCGAGUGAAGGCCUUGGUGAAGGCGGACCCCGAUGUGACGCUAGCCGGACAGGAAGCCAUCUUCAUUCUGGCACGAGCCGCGGAACUGUUCGUGGAGACCAUUGCAAAAGAUGCCUACUGUUGUGCUCAGCAGGGAAAAAGGAAAACUCUUCAGAGGAGAGACUUGGAUAAUGCAAUAGAAGCUGUGGAUGAAUUUGCUUUUCUGGAAGUGGUGAAAUCGCCUGAAGAUGUAAUGCAUUUCUCAGGAUGUAUCCUUGUUGUUGAGCGACACAUGACUGUAUUUUGAUUGAAUAGCUUGGCAAAAGCCAUGUAUCCUCAUUUCAUUCUCCCAGGGUGUUCUCAUUACCUCCUCUAAGCCUUAUUACCUUUAGAAAUCUCUUGAUUUAUUCCACUCUUUUUACUCCUUUGUUCUGCAUCUCCAUGUCAACCUAGGCCCCUGGUCCUUUUGAUAGAUAUUUUUUAAAUGUCUUAUUAGAUACAUUACCAUGGCUAGCUUCAUGCCUAGACUAUUGAGCAUUCUUUUAAUUUGCAGAUUUUUCUUCAGCCUCUCUUUCCACCUACUCAUUUUUCUUAAAAUUAACUUUUUUUUAGUCCUACCUAAGGCAGGCACUCCUUGUGACAGACUUUCUGUAAGUUCUGCAGUCAAAAAUGUUUGGAGCC